AUGGGUGACGUCGACCGGGCUCGAGUCGCAUACCCCGUUCCAGAUCCCAAAAAGAUCUUCAAUAAAGUCAUGGACUGGCUGGAGGCGAACCACAUGUCGGAACAAGGGACGGAGCCGGCCUCGCAGCUGGCUGACGACUACAUGGUCGGCUGGGAAGCCUCGGAUCAGUUCGAGAAGAAGCAGCUUGGCCUGCUGGCGGCGAACGGCCAGAUGGGGCCCAACGAGCUCAAGGAGGUCAAGAGGCUCAGCCUGCUUCGUGGAGUCGAGGAGUGGGACAUGCUGAUUGCAUGCGCGAAAUCGAUGAGGGCUGAGACGGCGAACCACAACCCGCUGGAUGGACAGGACACCCUGAGCUAUCUUGCGAAAAUUAUCAAGCCAGACCCUCUAACAAGACCAAGUAACCAUAUCGCAAACGUUGCUCUAGGAGCACAGCAGAGACAAGGCGUCGGCAGGGGGGAUGCCAUCAUGGCAAAACCGCAGGCAGCACCAAACACGGACAAGAAGCGUAAGCGACAGAACGAGUCCCAUUUCUUCGCAGGACCAGAUCAGGAGACGCCCACCGCGUUAGUGAAUAAGCGAGCCAAGAAGCGUGCUAGAAGAGCUGCGAAGAGAGCCUCUAAGAGAGCUGCAAAAGCUCUUCAGCAAGCUCAGGGCGAAGAUUCGGAGAAUACCAACCAGCCCCAUCCCACGGUUCCAGUCCUGAAGGAGGCUGCUGUAUGGUACCGGAGCAGUGAUAAUGCCAAGGCGCCGACGAAGAAGGCCAUCGCGCCGCAGGCUGCCGCCUUAACCCCUCAGACUGGCUCAAGUGAAGUGCCUGCGGGUGAUGGAGAGACCCUGGACAAUGAACAGCAAGAGCAAACCUCAGAGGACGAACGGGCAAGUACAAUCCCAAGGUCUCCAGGGGCUGCGGAUAUAGAGGUGAAAGCAGAGGAACUCGACCAGGCGCCUACAGGGACUAGUACGGCUCUAGAGGGCUACGACGGCACGCUUCAGGCGGCUCCCGAAGAAAGGAGAUAUACCCUUCGCUCAGCGUCUCAAACCCCCAAGAAAGAACGCGUGUCAACCUCCAAAUACUUUACCACGCCCAAGUCCAGCCCACUCAAGCCGAAAAGCCCACGGCCUCCACGAGGGACUGUUUCUGCCUUGCCAUUUCCAACCCUAUCAGCACCACAAUUCGGUCUCGUCCAGGAGAAGCUUGCCGACGACCCAUUCCGGCUGCUCAUAGCAAUCACGUUCCUCGUGAGGACGCCCGGCAGGACGGCUAUACCAACUUACUUCAAGCUGAUGGAGAAAUACCCGACUCCCGAGGCGUUGGUGGAAGCAAAGCCUAGCGAUAUCUCGGCUAUGAUCAAGCACCUAGGACUCUCAGUUGUCAGAGCAGCCCAGAUCCAGAAGUACGCGCGGAUCUGGCUCGCGACGCCCCCGACCCGAGAUGCCCGCUACGGCGUGAAGAACUACCCGCGGCCGGGCGACGGCAAGGACGUCCGCGCCGGCGAGGCCGUGGCGCCUGAGGACCAGGACCCGCGCCCGUCGGCGUGGGAGAUCGGCCACAUGACGCAGGGCGCCUACGCCCUCGACAGCUGGCGCAUCUUCUGCCGCGACGCGCUGCUGGGCCGCCGCGAGGGCCGCCGCCCCCCUGCCUUCCAGCCCGAGUGGAUGCGCGUCCUCCCGCUCGACAAGGAGCUCCGCGCCUACCUCCGCUGGAUGUGGAUGCGCGAGGGCUGGGACUGGGACCCCCACACCGGCGACCGCGCGCCCCUGGCCCGCGAGCUGCGCGAUGCCGUCGAGGAGGGCCGCGUUGCGUGGGACAACACGGGUGCGCUCCAGAUCGUCGACUCGGAGAGAGGGAAAGAUACAGGGUGA